UCGCCAUUCACCCCCUUCUUCUCUUACACUUACCGAUUCCUUAAGGAGUUUCGAGGAACAGGGAGAGCUUGUGCGCCGAGCUUUCAAGUUGUACUUACCGAUCUUCUUUCGCGCUUUUUUUUCGUGCACAGAGUGCCAGUGCGUGUUUCUCUCACCUGCCCAAAAAUCGGUAUGGCGAAACAAUAGGCUGUGGGUGUACUGAAGUGUUGUGCGCGUUAAUGAAAUAAUUUACCCCCAAAUACACAUACACAAACGCAAUUGGUGUGUUGUUUUAUCAUUUUAUGAUCAACCAGAGAUAUAUAGAGCAGCCGCUGCUGGGGAGAUCGGAUGAAAGAAAAAUGAGGACGGAAAAUACACUUAUCGGUGCAUCGCACGGAGAGAAGAGUCAUCGGUUUGGAUAUGACACACGCGCGGUUUAUCCGUGCUGAUAAGGAAAAUGUAAAUUUCCACUAGCGCAAAGAUCGAGCAAUGUCUUCGAACCAUCACCAAUCCACCAAAAGUAGAUAUUCCAAAGGAAGCGAUGACCUGACGAAUUAAACGAAUCGGCACAUCGAGACAAUGGCCCAGAAUCGGGAAAGGCCAGCAGUGAGCUCGGAGCUGGUUGAAAAGGUCCUGAGCGUCCUUUACGCCACUUCUGCCCUGGCAUCGCUGCUGUCGAUGCUCCUCAUGCUCAUAGUCUGGCAACAUUGGAUCUGGACCCUCGACGGUUGCAUAAACGGCGACUGCGGCUGCAUCCUGUACGGCAAAAGCACCUUCAGUACCUUCAUGGGCGGGGACGUCAAGCUCUGCCAUUACGGCUCCUUCGGCCUCGUCGGCAACCUCCUCGUUUCCAUCGUCCUGGGCUUCUACCACGGCUACAGGAGCUGCAUACCCAGGAGCCUCAGCGAGCCCAGGGCUUUGGCCACCGGUGCUGCCGGUGGUACGGGAGGUACUCGCGUUCCUGGCAAAAGGAGCUACGAGAACCGGCGUAGCAUGGAGUGCGAGGUGAUGGUGGUGGGCCCGAAGCAGCGGGCGCCCUUCAAGAGCUGGAUGCCCUUUUGCUUCCUGGCGAUUCCACUGUCGGCCCUGGCUUUGAUCUACGCGGCAGUGGUGACGGACGGCUACUCAAAAACCUGCGCCCAGUACAGGCGGAACCUGGUGCGCCUCGUCAAUCCUAUCGGCCAGGAGCUUUUGGUAAUACACAACAGACUGAACUGCGGAGCGAUCUUUGACUUCAUGGAUUACCUGCACCCCGACCCGAUCAACAGCCGCAGAGGCGACAUCAUAGACACUGGCCUACUCUUGCAGACUAGCAUCGCCUUCGCGUGGAUAAACGUCCUCGUCUGGGUCACGGUGCUCUGUUUGAACGGCUACAUGGGCAGACAACGGCACAAGCUGCGCAACGAGUCCAUGUGCUGUUGUUGCUGCUGAGUUUCGC